AUGUUUUUGGAAAAGUUAGAAGCUAAAACAAGAGACUCAUUACCUCCUGAAGUUGUGUCCAAAUGUGUGAGCAGAUUCAAGGAGAUAAAAGGCUGUGGGGAUAGAAAGGAAGUUUCGGUGCUUCUUGGGAAGGAAAGCGUAGGCGCCUCCAUUCUUCUUAGUCAUGCGGACCUAUUGGACGAAGACGACCUGAUAGAUCUUCUCUUUUGCCCAGACAUCUAUUCAAGAUACAGAAGUGCAGAGCUGCUGACCAAGAUUUACCAGAGCAAAAGUCAUAGGAAAGAGUACCUGUCUUUCUUCAAACAGAUGCUGAAGGACAACACUUCGUAUGACGAGAGCAACUAUCUCCUGUCUUUGCUAAUUGACUUUUUGUCCUGUAAGUCAAGUCUGGAGUUUGAUGUCGAGAAAAGGAAGAUGGUCCUUGUGACAAACAAAAUGUUCAUGGAGAUCCUGCACACGUCUGUGUUUGUUAAGGAGAUUCAGUACAACACACUAAUGAUUAUUCUUAUAUUUUCUUACAACAUGGAGUGCAUUGGAAAGAUGGACACUUUGAUUGAUGAUGUUGUUAUUAUUGUGAAAGAAAAGGCAAGAGAAAAGAUCCUGAGAGUAUGCUACGGAAUAAUUGUGAAUGCCCUCGAGAAUGGCUAUACCUUCUCACCAGGAAGGCUGAAUGACAUUUCUAAAUGUACAGAGGUUCUUCUGGAAGGCGGGUACAGCGACGAAGAGCUGGUGCAGGAUCUUGAGAAGGUUUCCAGCAGAAUAACACAGAAUACAAAAAAGUUUUGCAUACGCAAUUAUCUCAACGAGCUGUUUUCUGGAAGGUUUGAGGAUUCCGAGUACCACCACAAAGAAGAUUUUUGGAGCACCAAUCUGAAUAUGCUAAUGAAGAAUAAGGUUGAAAUAGUCAAGGUGCUCAAGAAAUACUUGAAGUCCAGCAACCCUUCGUGGGUGUGCCUUGCAUGUAGUGAUAUAUUCCAGUUAGUUAAAGCAUCUCCGGAGAUAAAUGCAGUUCUGAACAAGUAUCAGGUCAAAGAGGUGCUCUUCAACUUAAUUAACAGCGAUAAUGACGAUAUAAGGUUUCAUGCAAUACAGACGUUAUAUACAUGCAUUUCUUCUGAGUGGAGUUGA